AACAGAACAAGAAAACCUAGAAAUGAGACGGUCAGAGUCCAUGGGACCCAUGAGGGUCCAAAAUGAUGAUCAUCAUGGACGUGUGGUGAGAGGGAAAAGAUCUUCAAGUGGUACUAGAAAUUCUGGUAGAUCAUCCAGUGAAGGGAGACCAUCAGUAGGUAUUGGAAGAUCUUCUAUGGGGAGACCAUCAACAGGUGUAACACCCAGAUCAAGAACAUCUACUGGUUAUAAUUCUACAGGUUACCCUUCAUUAGGCCGACCAUCCACAAGUAGUAGUAUACCAACUUAUGGUGGUGGGGCUGCUAGACCAUUAUCUAGACUAUCUUCAAUUGGGCAGAAAAAUCCAAGGCAUUCAAGUAUUGGUGGACGUGGAAGAUCAGCUGUGCCAAAAGAAUGCCGACCAAUAUCAGAUAAAGCUUUUCAACAUAAAUGUAUACGACGACUUAGUGAGUUUCUGAUUGAACGUGGCUACCCAUGCAGCAUCUCUAAUAAAGGUCUUCAAAGUCCAACAAAUAAAGAAUUUUAUAAAAUAUUUGAGUUUAUCUAUAGUUUUAUGGUACCUGAUAUUAAAAUAAACAAACCAGAUGAAGAUAUACCUAGAAUAUUUAAACUAUUAGGUUACCCUGCUGUUAUAAGUAAAAGUUCAAUGUUUGCUGUUGGUUCACCCCAUACCUGGCCAGGAUUAUUAGCUGCUUUAGUGUGGUUGAUGGAAUUAGUACAGUUUUAUCUUCUUAAUCAAGAGAGUGGUGAUGAUAGAUAUUUGUUUACAUGUGACGAUGAUUUUGAUGCCAUGUCAGAAGACAAGAUGUUAUAUCUGUAUGUAGAGAAAACAUACUCAGCUUAUCUCAGUGGAGAAGAUAAUUUUGAUAAGUAUGAUGUGGCAUUAUCAAGAGCUAUAAAAGCUAAAUACUGUGGUGGUUCAACUGCUACAGAUCCUUUAUCUGAGAUCAACAGAUUACAACAAGAAUUAGAUUUAUUAGAGCAAGAUUCUGAUAUAUUAAGAAAUUUAAAGGAACAAAAAGGGUUACUGGAGAGUGAUUGUCAGAGAAUGGCCAAUUAUUUUGAUCAAGUUGAGAAUUUCCUUAAAGGACUGGAACAUCAACGCAAAGAAACAGUAGAAGAACUGGAAGAACUUGUGGGUAAAAAGACAGCUUUAGAAGAGAAAUAUAAGAAUAUGCAGAAUAUUUGUGAAAAACAGUUAAUGACCCAAGCUGACAUCCACAGAAUUCAGUUAAAACGAAGAGAAUUACAGAAUCAGAUAGAUAACCUAGAAAAAGAAAGUGAAAGUUUAGAUAAAGACGUAUGGAAGUCAGAGACUGAUGUAGCUAGAUCUAGAGAAAAGAUUGAAGGAAUCAGUAGAGAGUUUAAUUCUAAAGCUCAUACAUUAAAAUUAAUACCAACAACAGCAGAAAAUGCUCAAGGUAUAGAUUAUGAAAUGAAAACCUCUCACUAUAGUACCAUGAAUGAUGACCAUGAAACUUUAAGGUCAGCAUUGUUAGAUUUUAAGAAAAGAUGUAGUGCUGCUGUAAGAGAUAGAGAAAGUGAAAAAUUAAAACAAACUAAUCAUAUUGAAAUGUUAAAAGAAUCUGUAAAUGUUGGAGAAGAAGAAAACAACUUUCUGGAGAAAAAUGUAAAAAAGAAAGAAGAAGAAAUAGAAAGAGUUAAAAAGAUGAAUCAGAGAGAAUAUGAAAUGUUACAAGAAGAAAUUGAUAGUGAGGAGAAUAUUAUUCUAGAAUUACAGAAACAAUGUCAUAUUAGUAUACAGGAGGCACAACGAGAUCUUCGAGAUACUCUCAAAAACCUUGAACUGUUUGUGGGUUCUUCCUUCAAAGUGAACAUAAAAAAUAUGUUAUUUGAUAUUAUUGGAUGCUUUUAUCAUAGAUGUGAUGAAAAGAAAUUAGAAAAUGAUAAGAUACUAAGGACAGCUAUUCAUACUCUUAAUGAAUUAGUAGAUGAAGUUGUAACUGGCAUGUCUAAAGAACAGGAACAACUUGAUGACCAUAUAUUGUACAGUGAAGGUAUAUUAAAACAGUUAUUAGCAGAAGAGCAAGAACAGAUUAAAAGAAUGGAGAAAGAUAGAGAAGAAAUGAUGAACAGAGAGAAAUCUAGAAUGUCUUAAUCUUGCUCUAUAAUAUCUAUCUAUCUAUCUUUAAAGGUGCAGACUUGAAGUUCAGUUAAUUCAGGAUAUUAUGGAAACAUUUUUAUAUUGUCUGCACCCCUGUCCGUCCGUCAACAUUUGCUUGUUGGAUUUUUUGAUGGAAUCAAAUGAAAUUCGGUAUGUCUAUAUAUAUUCAUAAAACGAAGAUCAAGUUCGAAUUUGAUUUAUUUUCGACCGUUAGAAGCAGAGUUAUUGCCCUUGCCCCAAAAUCUUGAAUAUGCAACAUCAGUUGCUCGUAAACACUCUAAAAACUAGAUUUUUUGAUGGAAUCAAAUGAAAUUCGGUAUGUAUAUACAUAUUCUUAAAACGAACAUCAAGUUCAAAUUUGAGCUAUUUUCGACCGUUAGGAGCAGAGUUGCCCUUUCCCCAAAAUCUUGAAUAUGCUAUUACUCUCUUAGUUUUCAACUUUGAUGAAACUUAAAAUGAAUGUUUCAUUGAUACCAUUAGCAUGCCCUGAAGGGCGUAUAUGGCUGUGGUCCACUAUCUUAUACCAAGUAAUUCUAAUACAGAGUCUGCAUUUUCAUCUUUAAAAAACUGUACAAGUAAAACUAUUAUUGGGCACAAAAUAGUUAUUCAAGAUUAUACGUCCAGUACUAGCUCAUAGAGAGGGUAUUAAUUGACUGAUACAAUUGAUAUUCAGUGCUGUUUUUUUGAUGAUUAGAACUGUUCAUGAUCCAUAUAUAAUAGUUAGCUGAACAAUCCACUAGUCUUAAUUAUCAAUAUUUAGUUAAAUUUUUGUAUGUGAAGUAUAGUAAUUCUAACUUGAAGUUAACUCUAAAUAAAAUUCUGUAAUAUCAGAAGUAAGAU